AUGGCCCGGAUUCAAGUCCCAAAAAAGGGCAUCUUCACGUGCAACAGCAGCACAGCAGAGGAGGCAGUACAGUACUUGCGGCAAGUGUCACUUGGCUGCCAAAGGUCCAACAUGUCCAACAUGUCCAACAUGCAUUGGUUUGAAGGCAUGUUGCGGUUGACUACUCUUGGCAAGGAGACGCUGAAUCAAUCUGCAGUGAACGGAAGGUGGUGUGGUAUGGUGUGGUCCAGUGGUCUCCAGCAGGAGAAUCUGCAAGCUGUCAAGGAGUGGACUUUGAUGUUGGAUGAGCCUUGGCACGGCAAUGUGCUGCUGUCCUGUGGUCCACACAAGUUGGAACCCAACCAGCAGCUGCCGGAAUUCGAUGCCGAUUUUGUGUUCGCGAACUAUUCGUGGCUAAGUUCCGGACCUCCAAUUAAUAUCGCAGCAACAGAACUGCGAGGAAUCACCAUCGAACAGUUAUCAUCUUUGUUGGUCUUUGUAGAAGACGUUGCCUCCAGCUGGUGCGCAGCACACCACUUGGGAUACGGGCAGCCUUUGUCUUUUGAGGCCUUCAAUUUGUAUCAUGCGAAUUUCUGGGUCAUUGGACCUGCCACAGCUGGUCACGGAAGAGGUGGCUGCAGCUACGUCGAGUUGGUGGCCACCUCGGCUCAGAUGCAACGACCCUUGUGGUUUGUGUCCCACGCUUGGCUGGAGCCGGUGUGCAAGUUCGUGGCGUGCCUCAAGUGUCACGCUUCUUUGCGUCAGCUGCCCGAUCAAACGGCUUACUGGGUGUGCGCCUACGCCAACAACCAGCAUCAGCUGGAGAAUGAGAUUUGCAACAACCCCCGGAAGACGUCCUUCUAUCGCGCCAUCCAGUUGUGCGCUGGGGUCUUGCUAGUCUUGGACGAGAACGCCACACCCUUCACUCGGAUUUGGUGUUGCUUUGAAGAGUCCAUUGCAGUGGAAGAACGCAACAAGGGGACGCUUGGCGUUGACUUUGACUUGAACCCGUUGCUGCUGGAUGUGGCGGCCACAGAGAACGGACGUGCCCAUGUAAUCACCGACGGCCUGGCGGGCGCCGAGCAGGAGAUGAUGCCGUUGCUUGGGUUCUUGGCGAAGAGUCGACGAGAGGCGGAAUUCCCCACCGAAAUUCUGAUGUAA